AUGUCAGAUCAAGAGCAGAAACAACAUCGUUCUGAGUCAGGAGAAGAAGAUUCCAUAAUGGAACAGUCAGAGAAGACAGUUGAGCAAAGUUCUGAUCAUGAGAGUGACACCUUCGAGGAUGCCAAUGAUGUUGAAGAAAUUGCAGACACUCCUACCUCCCCAGUUGAGAGAACCAGGUCUUUGACGAAACGGAGAUCAUCAUCUAUUAAGAGCAAUACACAAGAUAUCAGUGCCGAUAUUCCGUCGGUCCCAACAGUACCACUCCCAGAAUCGAAUGGCGAAACGAAUCACGAACAAAUAGAACCCGAUAAUCAACUACCUACUCCGCUACCUAAAUCCCCCCUUUUAACAUCUCAUCGCAUGUCCACGACGUCCCUCCAUAAUGUGAAUCUCGAAGACGGUGAUGAUUUUGGAUCACCUCCACCUCCACCCCUUUCGAAAGUAGCACCAGAGGAAACGAGACCUGAUCAACCACCCGAAUUACCACCAAAACCCAGCAUAAUAACUCCAAUGCAAGGUCUUUCUGGAAACCUUCCGGAUGUGCCAUUCUCACCGCCGCCACCCCCUCCUCCUCCUCCUCCUGCUCCUGUCAGCCUUUCUGCGCCCGCCCCUAUCACAAGAAAAUUGACCAGUCCAUUUUCCUGGCUUUCAAGAAAUACCUCGGCUCCAAAAGAGAACGUAAAAUCACCGCCAAUACCCUCGCCUCACACGAGUGAGCGUAGAUAUACCGGUUCUUCGAUAGCAACCAUCAGCAGUAAUCCUGAAAUGAUGCUAAGUAAAUUGGAGGAGGGCAAUGAAAUCGACAUUACGAAUGGGGUUAGACGACCUGGGAGGAAUAGUCUGCGGGACAGAUUUAAGCUCUUGAGAAUGCGAGAAGAGGCCGGUAUAACAGAGUUGCCGGAUGAAAAGGAUGAGGCAGGCAAUACAGCAUUCGGGGGGCUUAUUAGGCAGCGUACAAGUCUCGGUUUGGGAUUUACGGGUUCCCAUGAUGACAAGGACCACUCUCCUUCAUCUUCUGUCCCGCCAGCGAGUCCUAACCCGGUUACUGUCAACCCCGCAUUAGCCCCUGGUACGGCGUCUGGAGUUUCUGCGGGCCCUUCUGCAAUGACUGAUCCAGAAGCACCGGUCGAUUGGGAUUUGUGGCAGAAUGUCGUCUACGAAGGACCCGCCGCGGUUGCAAGAACAAGUGCAGAAGAACUUAACCAAGCUAUCGCAACAGGUAUACCGCAUGCUAUCAGAGGUGUGGUAUGGCAAGUCUUAGCAGAGAGUAAGAACGAAGAGCUUGAAAUUAUCUAUAGGAACCUGGUGAAUCGAGGUACAGACAAAGACAAGGACAGGAUGAGCACAUCCAGCGGAGCACAAAGCAAUGGAUCGAUAAAGGAGACUAUGGUUUCAUCAGCAUCAUCAAUACAUUCUGAGAAAUCUACGCCCGCAACUACCGUCACCAACGGGGUGAGAUCCCCCUCUCCACCUAACGAGAGAGAUUUAGCCUUGUCUUUGGCUGAAAAGAAAAAGAAAGACAAGGAAGAUGCGGCAGCAUUGACAAAACUCGAGAGGGCCAUCAAGCGAGAUUUAGGUGCUCGAACGAGUUAUUCGAAAUUUGCUGCAAGUGCCGGAUUACAAGAUGGAUUGUUCGGUUUAUGCAAGGCAUAUGCUCUUUACGAUGAAGGCGUUGGCUACGCACAAGGCAUGAACUUUCUAGUUAUGCCUUUGCUUUUUAACAUGCCCGAGGAGGAAGCGUUCUGUCUAUUAGUACGACUUAUGAAUCAGUAUCACCUUAGAGAUCUUUUUAUCCAGGAUAUGCCAGGUCUACAUAAACAUCUUUAUCAGUUUGAAAGAUUAUUAGAGGACUUCGAACCGGCAUUGUAUUGUCAUCUCCAUCGACGUCAAGUUACACCUCACUUGUACGCAACACAGUGGUUCCUUACUUUAUUCGCCUAUCGCUUCCCCUUACAACUUGUGCUUCGAAUCUAUGAUCUCAUUCUUAGCGAAGGUCUCGAGGCUAUUCUCAAAUUUGGAAUUGUACUCAUGCAAAAGAAUGCAGCUCACCUCCUGACCCUCACUGAUAUGGCUGCAUUAACCACAUUUCUCAAGGAUCGACUUUUUGAUGUUUACAUUGAUGCUUCUCCUUCGGCGGGAUCAAUUCUGGAAUCUGGCUUCUUCGGAAAUUCUGGCGCGACUAUCGAUAAAGAAGUCUAUCGAGCAGAUCAUAUGAUUCAAGAUGCUUGUGCCGUCAAAAUAACUCCUAAAAUGCUCGAGACAUAUGCAUUAGAAUGGGAAGAAAAGACCAAGCUGGAGAAAGAUCGAGAAGCAGAGCUAGAGCACCUGAAAUCGACGAAUAUCGCUCUUACACACAAAGUUCGACGUCUCGAAGAACGAGUUGAGUCACACGAUACCGAACACGCAGCCUUAGCCACCGACCUUGUUCGUACCAAGGUCGAAAAUCAGGAAACACAGGAUGAGAACGAAACUCUCAAGGAACAAGUCAAGGAGUUGAAGAUUGUGAUUGAUAAGUUACCUGAACAGAUUGAAGCAAAAUUACAGAGUGAGAUGGAUCGCUUAAUGAAGAGGAAUCAAGAAGUUCAUGAAGAUAAUCAAAAACUCGAGGAUGAAAUUAAUGAAAUGGAGCAAAAUCUGGUGGAGACAAAGAUGAAAUACGCCGAGAUAAAUGCAGCCCAUGAAGCACUUACUCGAAAAUGGACGGAUCUGAGGAAAGCUCUUGGCGACUAA